AUGGGUGGGGAGGACUUGGUGGGGGAUGAGGAGGAUUUCGGGACGCGCGACGCGGGCGAGACCGAGCGAUGGCGACGGACGUGCGCGAUCGAAGGGCACGAGAGCGAGGUGAAAUCGUGUGGAUGGUCCCCGUCGGGGUCGUUGUUGGCGACGUGUGGACGAGAUAGGACGGUGUGGGUGUGGGAGGCGCACGGGGAGGAGGAGUUUGAGUGCGCGGCGGCGAUGCACGGACACGGCGGCGACGUGAAGCGGGUGACGUGGCAUCCGACGGAGGACGUGCUGGUGACGACGAGUUACGACGAGAGCGUGAAGAUUUGGCGAGAGGAUGCGGAUGGAGACGAUUGGUCGUGCGUGCGGACGCUGGGAGGGGAAGAUGGGAACGGAGGGGAGGGACACGCGUCGACGGUUUGGUGCGCGAGCUUCGAACCGCGCGCGCUGGACGACGGUCGAGUCGGGACGCGGUGUGUGACGUGCGGUGGCGACGGAAAGCUCAUCGUGUGGAACGGUAAGGGGUUCUGUAACACAGAUCUGGAGUUCGGGACGAGUUUCGAGUGUGGACACGACCGCGCGGUUCUGAGCUGCUCGUGGGGACGAAACGGGCUCGUCGCCGCGGGCGGAGGUGAUAAUUCGAUUCGAUUAUACGGCGAGGUCGACGGAACGUGGCGCGAGGUGGUGAAAGUGGAGAAUGCGCACGACGACGACGUCAACCACGUCGAGUGGUCCCCGCACGAUUCCUCCUUGCUCGUCUCCGCCUCGGACGACGGGACGGUUACGAUAUGGCGCCUCUCGUGA